AGCGCAUCAGCGGGAGAUACGAGAGGUUUUUGGAAAAAACAUUCCCCCGUUUCUACGUGCUCUAUGCGACCUUCACAAGAGGAAUCCAAGCGCUCUUCCUGGAGGUAAAAGAAAUUAGGAAAAUCAAAUCUAAAAUGUCCCGUCAGAGACUGAGUGCUCAGCAGCUGCCCUACCGGGAGAUGGAGAGGCUGCGGCAGUUCCGCAGGGACGUGAUCAAGGCCAUUCCCAUCGGAAUUAUCGCCAUCCCGCCCUUCGCCAACUUCUUGGUCAUCGUCCUGAUGUAUUUCUUCCCGCGCCAGCUCCUGAUCCGCUACUUCUGGACCCCCACCCAGCAGGUUGAGUUCCUGGACGCCUACGACGCCAUCCGCAGAGACUCGUACCCGAAAAAGGAGAGGUUAGCGCUGGCAGCACGUUCCCUGCCUGACGCGCAGCUCCAAAAGUGCCUUCAGGAGAUCUGUGCGGAGGUGCAGCGAGGUUCCCAGCCGUGCGUGGCCGAGCUCUACGCUGUGAGAAGUUUGUUUUCGGGGUCUCCACUGGGUCUGAACAAGCUCCAGGUGUCUCAUGUG